AAAGUGAUCUAUGACAAAGAAGCUUUCGCCUCCAAGCAGGAAGAGUUCGCGAAGAACGAGGAGAAGGAGUUGGUAGCGCAAGAAAGUUAACAAUCGCUUGAAAGGAUACAAAUUACGCAGGAACAAUGGCAGGGCGCGGUAGAGGGAAGCCUACCAUGUCCUUUGCCACCGAGCAGUUAGGCGUCACCAAGGGGGAACUACCAGCGCAGGUUUUGCAACCUCCGCUAGCUUACCCUAUAUCAGACCUCCACAUUUCAAGCUUCGAGUCAACCAAUGAGAUUGAUUACUUGGUAGAGCUGAAGAGGGACUUCGCCGAGUACAUGCGGGACUCGCAGAACCACGUAAUGCCGGAUGUGCCGAAGAAGGAUAUCGAACGGUACUCGGACCAUUAUCAGGACACACUGACCGCGAAUUUGGAGCAGGAGUCCAAGCACGACUGGAGCAGAAUGCCGACGGAGUUGACACCGUCGUUGAAACGCAAAGCUGCCAACAGUCCGAAGGUAAGGAAGGCCAAGAAGAUAAAAUUAGAAACGAAAAGGAAGAGACGAAGAAUCGAGGACGAGAACGAGGAAAACAAGCAGGCCGACAAGGUGGAGCAGCAGAAGGACACGAAGCAGGCGCAAGGCGCCCUGGAGAAGGAGAUCAAGGAGGAAGAGGAGGACGAGGAGGAAAACUCGGAAGAGGAGAUAGAACAGUACGAGGUGGACGAGGAGAUGGACGACGGCACCGACUACGUGAACAAUUACUUUGACAACGGCGAGGCUUUCGACGACGAGGACGACAAUCUCGAAGACGGGCCUAUUUAUUAAUCUCGGUGACGGUCGAUGUCGUAGUCGGGAUUCGAACACUGACACGCCAGCCGCACACAUAACUCAAUGCCGUGUACGAUGUGUAAAGUUUUUCUUUUAUUAUGCAUCAUCUCAUACGCCGUUAAUUGUAUAUAAUAACAUUGCCUGGACAUGAAGAUCGAUUGGUGCGCGAGUAUUACACUGGGGACAAAGGUCGCUCGCGUGGCUCACUGGAAUAAAUGCAACCCGAAUGUAAUGCACGGUAGAACUUCUGUGUCUCUUUUCCUAUUUAUGCGCAGCUGAGGACGAAUUCUCUCUUCGGUGACACUGUUCCUUUCGCCCCCCUUCGUUACGUGAGAGCACGGGGGACCGGGGGG